AGACCUUCAACUCCUUUCUCCAACUUGUUCACAAACGACUUUUGGGGCAUUCCAUUAAAACACAACGACUCGCACCAGUCUUACAGACCGAUCACGAUCCUUACUUUCCGUUGGAACUAUCUCGUUGGGGGCCUGAAUCCCACUGGAUACCAUAUCAUCAAUGUCCUCCUUCACUCAACAGUCUCUGUAUUAUUUUUUCACAUUUGUACAAGAAUAUUUAAUCGUCACGUUUGUGAGCAAGCUCCUUCCUUGUCGGUUUUAUGUGGAUUAUUUUUCGCCUCCCAUCCGAUUCACACCGAGGCGGUUUCAAACGUCGUGGGCCGAGCCGAUCUCCUCUGUGGAUUAUUUUACUUAUUAACAAUUUUAUCGUACAUAAACUGCUUCUCUGACGCAAGUACAUCCGAGGGAAAUAAAAGACAAGGGAGGUACUCAAAGCUUUGGCUGUUAUUGAGUAUAUUUUGGUGUAUCUUGGCACUUUUCAGUAAAGAACAGGGUAUAACGGCCUUUGGAAUCUGUGUUGUAUACGAUGUUAUAUUCGUCCGCAAGUUUAAUGGACAGAAUUUCCUCAAAGGCAACUUCUCUGUCUUAGCCGUGUUGAGGUAAGACAGGCUUAGUAACCCUUCAAAUUCCAGAAUACCUCGGGCGUUUUUUCAUGAUACCCUAACUCGACAGACUGGCCGACCAUCCCUCGUGUAAUUGCAGAAAAGUUACUGUUACUGUUACUGUUAGAGUAUUGUGAUCGAAUUACAGAAAGCCUGGGGCGUUUUUUCAUGCUACCCUAAUUCGAGAGACUGGCCGACCAUCCCCUACGUAAUCGCUGAAAAGUUACUAUUACUGUUAUUGUUAGGGUAUUGUGAAGAGAAAGUUUUUAGCAGGCGGAUGUGACCAUAGAAUGGGUCUGUGUAACUAAGCUACUCAUGUAAAAAACGUACUUAAUUUGCGUGUCAAUAAACUGGAAGCACGAAUUAACUGAUCAUGAGGACACUACGUCUCCUUCUGGAGACCGGACCACUAUUUUACUGACGUGGUCAACCAAGCCACCCGAAGCCCUAGACCUUGGCAGGAUAAAGGAUGUACCCUCAUUUCUCACCUCCAGUUCUGCAGUCAAGCGCUCUGCCAACCGGAGCUAGCGCUAAUUCCACCGCGGUAGGAAAGCAGUAUUUUCCUGUGGUAAGGUGAUAAAUGUUGCACAUAGUGCUUCAAAACACGAGUUAUAUAGUAUGAGUGCUAUUCCCUUAGGCUGACUAAAUCUGUCUUUUACAUUUCAGAUCACGACCGAGAUGGCUUGUUCGCUUGUUCGAAAGAGUCUCCAUCCUAUCUACUGCUGGCGUCGUCCUUCUUUAUUUCAGAAUAGUUAUAAUUUCUGGAGGAGUUACGGUGUCAUUUACUGAGUCUGACAAUCCAACAUUAUUUCACCCUGAUUUCUGGACUCGCUUUAGAACAUAUUCUUACUUAUGCGCACUAAAUGCUCGUCUCCUUCUGUGUCCAAAUACUCUGUGCUAUGAUUGGUCAAUGGACAGCAUACCCCGGAUAGAAUCAUGGUGGGACAUGCGCAAUGUUGAAACGCUUGCCUUCGCUUUAAUCCUAGGUUGGCUGUGUUUUUACGGUAAAGUUUCUUUUCGAAAAGCGAUUUCAGUUUUCCAGUGACCAUUGUAAAUGUCGUUCUGAUAAUUAUUUUUUUUCUUAUAGGUUUUAAGCCCUCAAACGAGUCAAUCUCUGUAUCUGCGAUAUCCAACCAGGACUGUUCGAAAUCACUUGCAUUAGAUUCGAAUGAAAAUACUAUUUACAAAAACCAAAAGGCAAAGGAAACAAACCAACUUGGAGACAAAAGGGUGAGAAUAAUUGUUUUAACGUCAUAAAUGUGGCGUCUUUCGUUUGGAUGUUUCUCGGCUGUAUUUCAGCUGUGUGUUUCUAACUAAAAAAGUUGGUACUAUCAUAAAGAAAAUCACGUACGGUUUAGGCCUGAAAACGUAACAGGAUUUCAUUCAGAAGGUAACAAGCAAAGCCUCACCCCUACCCCUCAAAGGCGUAAUUUUCUGUCAAGCGCACACCCUCUCCCUAUUUUCCUUGCCGAUAAAUUUCCCGAGCUGACGAUCUCAUUAAAUGCUCACUGACUUCAAUUUGGAAUCAAAAUGGAGUUUGUAUUGCCCAAAAGAACCUUGUGAUUUACUUUUGAAAUUCCUCCAGGUAAAUUUGGAUGGUUCUCUAAGGAAACGCAUUGUACUUUUGGCGUUAAGUAUGAUAAUCAUUCCAUUCAUACCAGCUACAAACCUGUUCUUUCCUGUUGGUUUUGUCAUCGCCGAGCGCAUUCUUUACAUUCCAAGCAUGGGAUUCUGUAUCUUGGUUUCACUCGGAAUCUUAGUUUUGUUCCGCGCGACAAAGAUUCCGAGUAGGAAGGAACUAUCAUUCUAUCAAGAACAUGAGGUAAGAACAUUAAGAGAACCAGCUCUGAUUGGUCCAUUGCAGCCACGUGGUUCACAGUGUUGUUCGUUGAUUGCAGGGCUCGGGCCAUAGUAUCCCUUCACACAACUCAUAUGCUUGUACUUACAGAACUGCAAUCGGUGACAAAUAUUUUCAGAAGCAUUAUUCCGACUAUGGGGAUAUAUUUAAUGAGGUAUAUACCAAAAGCCAGCAAUUAACUUAUUCCAGCGUUCUUUGAUUGGCUCGGGCCAUGGUAUACCCAUAUACCACUCAUACGCUUGUACUUAUAGAACUGCAAUCGGUGACCAGGGCAUUUCAAACUAGACUCUUACAUCUGGCUUAAAAGCUUUUUAAACUGGCCACCAGCUCGUGCUAUACAUAUUCCCAAUUUUCAAUAGAUCUGUACAAGUUUUUAACUCCAGUAUUUCACAAAGAUACUCUCAUAUGUUCACUAGAUUUCAAAAAGGUUACCCAUGUAGCCCGCGGUUUUGACUUAUAACAGCUGCAUUUAAGUCCAGCGUCUUUAAGUAGCACAAAGAGAAAACGACUUUGCUGAUAUUUUGGAAGCCUUUCAUUUGGAGAAGGGACAGCCAAUUUAGGAAAUCUUGUUUCUUUCCUGUUUUUCCUUCUUUAAAUCAAACUCCUCAUUCAAAAGGCCAUUGCUGAUUACAUUUUUCAUGGGUUAUUCAGGAUACAACGAACAACGAUCAAAGAAUCACAAAAGAGGAAUCAACAAACUGGAAUUUGAGUUUGAGCAUGCCAGGCUGGAUCAUCGUCUACAGUCUUCUGUUGAUGUUUGUUUUAAAGACAGUUCACCGAAAUUCUGAAUGGCAGACAAAAGAAAGAUUGGCGAGAUCUGGACUAAAGGUUAAUCCUACGAACGCUAAGAUCCACGUCACAUUAGGAAAUGUUCUGGCAAAUAAGGUGUGUAUUAAUAGAAAGAUUGGUAAAUUACAUUCCCCCCAAGUAGGCAGACUGCGGAAGGUAAAAAGACCAAACGGGCACAUAAGCACAGAGUCUUGUUGAUCCCUCUUCAGUUCUCUUAUGAAGCCAUACCCCUAUUCGACUGCAGAUGUUUUUAAACGUAUUAUCUAUUUCGCCCGUCCCAAUAAUGUCCUUUACAAACUAAAGAAGGCUCAAUAAUUGACAGUAAGAUUCACCUUAUAAGUUGCUUUUAAAAAUUUUCAACUUCCAAUUUUAUAUUAGCCUGUGUACAGACCCCUGCCUCCCCUCAGGAAAAUUCCGAUUUUUCCUGAGGGUCUGUACACAGGCUAAUUUUAUAUGUGAAAAAUUCCGUUUGCGGACACAAAAUUUAAUCAAGUUGUCGAUCGUAUCGUAGUGCUCACCUGCAUUGGUACAUCUUUCUUUAUCAUGGUAUUAAAUCAUGUUAGUUAGCGCCUCCCCUCUUGUAAACUGCUAAAAUCAAGGAUAUGUAUUGAGACAAUGCCUUUUUUGUUACCAGGGACUCUUGUCUUGUGAAAGUCAUUACCGUGAAGCAUUGCGACUAAGACCACAUUACGUCACAGCUUGGGAAAAUCUUGGAAUCGUUCUUCUCAAUUCAGGUACGAAUACCACAGCGUAACCAGGGUCACGUUUCUCUUCAGAACGUGUUUCCCUAUCCGUUAGCAAACGCUAAUUCUUGUUGUUUAUUCUUUUGCUUUCCUCCAGGCAGACCCGAGGAAGCGGAAAAGUGCUAUUUAAAAUCGCUAUCAAUUAAACCUAACAGUGCCGAUGGAAACAUUAAUCUGGCGCAUUUGUUACGAGUGACUGAGCGUUUUCGCGAGGCGGAUGGCCAGUACCAAAAGGCAUUAACCCUUAGACCCAAUCAUCCACAGCUUAACUACUUCCAUGGUGUCGUCCUGGAAAAGCUUGGAAAUCGCAAGGUAUCGUGUCCUUUUUCAGUUAAAAUGAUAUCAUUAUCAGAGAUUACAGAAAAUCUCCACCGUAGAGCCGAAGAGAAGGCGAAUAGAGCCCGAAUAUGUGUUCAGUUUACCGUAUCGUAACUCUGCUCAUAUAAAAACGCUAAGCUUCUUCCCACAGUCUAAUGAUUGUUUAUUCCAUUGUUUUUGUGUCCUUUAAUUGGAGAAAUUUUGUUUUUGUGUAGCCUGCGAGCGGCAGACAUUUCUCCUCGCUCAUCUCCGCUGAGGGACGUUCCUCCUUACAAAACGUCCCUCAGCGGCGAUGAGCAAGGAGAAACGUCUGCCGUUCGCAGGCUAGUUUUUGUGAAACUUAGUUGGAAACGUUAAUAUAGCCAAAUAUAUCAUUUUCUCAUAUAUUAGCUGUGGGCAAGUUAAUUCUUUAAAAUGAGAUCUUUGGGGCAGUUGAGAUUUCUGUGUAACUCCCACCUACCCCUCUCCUAAGUCACAAUUUUCUCCUAAGUGAGAAGUAAGUGUUAAUGCUGACUUAAGGGAGGGGUAGGUGGUCUGUUAACCAGAAACCUGAAUUGAUCAAUUUUUUUUUGGAAAAACUUUCCUCUUUAUAGAAAGCGGAAGAGAAGUACUUGAAGACUGCAAAACUGACUCCAACCGAUCCGAGUCCUUUUCGCCAACUUGGAAGGAUGUAUGCUAUUCCACUUCUGAAAUCCAAAGUUAAAACUAACACCGAAAAAGCGUUCAAAAAGGUUAGAUCUGUUGGUUUCACUUUGAUUUACUGGCUUUUAAUCGUCACAUGACGAAAGGGUUUAUUUUCUAGUGAUACAGCGGUUUUAAAUGUUUGCAUUCAUUAAAGAUGUUUUUACAUAAUGAUGUCAAACAGAGUUUGUUGACUAAGAUCCCCUUUGUUAUUGUUUGCUUUUCAGGCGGAAGGAUUCUUACGAAAAGGAUUGCUUUUAAAGCCUCCAGAUACAUACAGCCGCCUUUUACUGGUUCAACUUUACCUAAUUAAGGUGAUAAACUACCCGUUUUUGGAAAGCACUUCUCUUUAAUUAGAAAUGUAAAUUCCAGAGGUGGUGGAUAAGCCUCAGUCCAUGGACUACCCUCAUAGACUACGCAUAUGGACAACCCUAAAAUGGACUACGCUGCUGAAGUUCAUUGAUUACGGUUAGGAAACUGAGUACAUCAGCUUCCAUUUAGGUUCUGCUUAUUACACUGGAAAAACUGACCUGUAACUUGAUUCACUCAGUUUCUUAACCCUCAUCUCAAAACCUCAGCAGGGUUGUCCAUUUUAGGGUAGUCCAUGGGGCUAGUCCAUGGACUUGGGGGUCGGUGUUUUGUCCACCACCAAUUUUGGACUAUAUGAGCUAGCGUAGGUUUCAAUAGCUAACCUUGUCGCCACGCAGCAUGGAAACAAGUAGAAGUAAUAUAGUCAUUUUACGGGAAAGUAACUCUUGAAGGCCGCCUCGGAGAACUACGUUUUGUUUUUGUGUAUCUUGAUGUUUGAUUUUCUUUCUUAUAGGGCAACUUUGACUCUGCUGAAACAGAAGUGCGAUUAGCUCUCAGAUAUGAUGCAAACAGUAAAGACGGUGAAUUCAUUUUAGGACGGAUUCUAGAGAUCAAAGGCUCACUAAAAGAAGCGAGAAAACAUUUUCAUAAAGUGCUCAAAAUGGAUUAUCAACACAGUGGCGCCUUAAGUGCUCUACAAAGAAUAAAUAACAAAACAGUGAACUACCUCGGUGCCUUUGCAUAUGUAAAUCCUUGA